AUGGCUUCUUCACUACCCCAAUACUACUCGAUCCUCAAUGUCAAUCCCAAAUCAACAGCAGACGAGAUCCGUCAGGCGUACAAGCGAGAAUCACUGAAGACACACCCAGAUAGAUUACCUGGGAAUGCUACGCCGCAGGAGAGGAGGAGAGCGACAGAACGAUUUCAAAUCGUCUCCGACGCAUAUUACGUCCUAUCCGACCCAUCCCGCCGAGCAGAGUACGACGCCCUAUUCAACUCCCGUCCUAGCUCAGCAUUCACGGACGAUACUUCCUCAGAGUUCGAGCAGGAGCAAGCCUCGGGUAACUUUUUCGAAAACUUCGCGCAGUUCUUCCAGAAUGCCACUGGGUCCGCAUCUGCCCCUGGACCAGGUACGAGUGAGAAAGCAGAUGCUGGACCUGGAGCGGCCCCUAGGAGGGGAGGAGGAGGGAUGGGAGGUAGACCGGAUGCUCAUGGAGUGUUUGGAGAUGUCUUUGAGGAAAUGCUCGCUCCUGAGGUAGCGCACGUACGACCGUGGUGGUCAUGGGUCGGAGGUGCCUCGGGCGCAGCCAUAGGAUAUAUAGUGGCCAACGUUCCAGGGGCAGUAGCGGGAGGCUUUGCCGGAAAUAGACUAGGAGCAAUUAGAGAUGCCAAAGGAAGAGCUGUUGGAGAGGUGUUUAGGGAGUUGGGUGCAGGUCAGAAAGCAGAGAUAUUGAAAGCUUUAGCAUUCAAGGUUUUGGGAAGUAUGAGCUAG